GGCCAAUCCCCAAGAACUACUGCCCAAUUUCUCCCUUUUGUCAGACCUACAAAAUAUCCUCACUGUAGCUGUAGAACCCCUUCUCAUACGAAAGCAGGUUGGAUUUUGCCCUGAAAAAAGUUGCCCUGCAUAGAUCCUUAAUUUAACCCUGUAUAUUGAAGGUGGAUUCCAAAAGGGCAAUGCAGUCACAGAUCUCAUGGCUGCAUAUGAUACCAUUGAUCUUGGAACUCUGAAGCAAGAAGUUUAUGAUAUGACUAAAGAUUUUAAACUUACAAAUAUCGUUAGGAAUCUGCUUCAGAACCACAUUUUUGUGGAGUUCCGAGGAAGGUGAGGUAAAUGGAGGAAUCAAAGGAACAGCUUAUCACAGAGUUGUGUAUUGGCUCCCACUCUAAUAUUUACACCAAUGAUUGGUUGCUUUCUGUAGGUAAUAACAGCAAUAUGUAUGCUUGAGCAAUGACUCAAUGAGGAUAAACAUCUGAGAAGGUUCAACCAUGUUUUAACUGAGGCCCUUUUAGAGCUAGAGCGAUACUAGUUUGCUAACCACUUAAGACCAAACACAGUAAAAACUCAGGUAUGUGCCUUCUGUCUGCACAAUAAGCAGGCUGCUAGGAUGCCUGUUGUAUGGAAUGGGGUGUUAUUGGAGCAUUGCUACAGCCCUAAACAUUUAGGGAUCAUUCUAGAUAGGACCCUAACAUAUAGGCAGAUUGUGCUAACACUAAACUGAAGGUCAGUGGGUGAAAUAACAUCCUCGGAAAAUUAACAAGCUCCAUCUGGGUUGCCAAACUAGGGGUCCUUAAGACAACAGCUCUAGCUCUUUGCUACUCGGCAGGCAAAUAGCCCUGCCUGGUCUAAUAUAAAUCAGCACCUGUGAAAGUAGAUGUUGCUCUGAAUGAAGCUAGCAGAAUUAUUACCAGAUGCCUUAAACCUGCCCUUCUAGAUAAGACCUACCAUCUAGCCAGGAUUGCCCUGCCUGCUGUUUGCAGAGAAGCCGCAGCAAACAGAAAGAGACUCAGUCUUGAGACAGAGAACAUCAAUCUUGAGACAGACAACCCCCUCUCUAUGGCCUGCAACCAGUUCAGCUGAGACUAAGAUCUAGGAAAAGCUUCCUUAGGUCAGUGAAAGACUUCAAAGAAUUUAAAAGCAGUGAGGAUGGAUGGAAAGGUACAAGGAGCCAACACUUGAUAGAAGCAACGUAGAAGCUGACAUCUGGGUCUGGUAAAAGUGGAAAAGAUGGAACUUGUUCAUUAACAGACUGUGCACAGGUACAAGAAGAGCCAGAGGCACUCUGAACAAAGGGGGGGUAUCUGGUGGCUUCUGCCUUUGUGGAUUGUGGUAACAUGCAGACAACAACACAUAUGUACUGUGUACCUGUCCUUUGUACCCUCAGUGCACACUUGAGGACCUCAUGGCAGUGCGACAAUACAAUGUUGCUAGUUUCAGGGCAGGAUCUGUUUAACUUGUACAUACUUUAAUCUUUUAUUUUGUAUUUUAAAUUUUAUGUCGCAUAUUGUGCAUUAUCUUCAUUGUGAUGCUUCUGACAUGAAUAAGCAAACAGGCCUGCCUGAAGCAAAUCUAAGCAGAGAUGGAUUGGUUCGAGCCAGACACUUCUCCCUCUGCAGAAAGCCAUAACUUGAUGCAAGAAACAUCGCAGGAUGCUUUGGGCAGAGUGCUGGGAGAGAAUGAGUAUAGUAAUGAUUCAGAGAUGUGUUCCAGCAGGGUGAGAUGCUAUACAUAUAGUGGUAGUGUCCAAGCCCCUCCUUGCAAAAUUGCCAUCUUGUCAUCUCAAGCAGAGGCUUCACAGCAACAACUUGUUUUCCACCAACUCCCCACCACUUGGAGAUGGAUUACCCUAUGGAAGGUCUUCCAAACAUUUCUGACUAUGAUUAUUCAAACUUCACCGAGGUACCUCCCAGUGUAGAGGGAAGCUUGAGUCUCAUCAUCCUGCUGGCCCUUGUCCUCUAUGCCCUGGUGUUUCUAGUGGGCACACUGGGCAAUGGGGCUGUCAUCUGGGUGGUGGGGUUCCAGAUGCAGCGCACAGUGAGCUCAGUCUGGUUCCUUAACCUCUCGGUAGCAGAUCUUCUCUGCUGCCUGUCUCUGCCUGUUCUGGCUGUGUCCCUCGGCUCCGAUAAUCAUUGGAUGCUGGGAGAUUUUGCCUGCAAACUCUUGCCCUCUAUUGUCAUCCUCAACAUGUUUGCCAGCAUCCUGCUGCUGGCCCUGAUCAGCAUGGAUCGAUGUGCCCUUGUGGUGAAGCCUGUCUGGUGCCAGAAUCACCGUUCAACCCGCUUAGCCUGGAAACUGUGUGGUGCAGCCUGGGCUUUUGCCACCUUCCUCACUCUGCCCUCCUUUGUAACCAGAAGAACACAAUACCACGAGUUUCAUCACCUGACGCUCUGUGUGGUCGACUAUGGCCUCUUUGGUAUAAAUCACCAAAUUGCUGAGGUCUCUGUGGCCACCAUACGCUUCCUCACUGGCUUCCUGGUCCCUUUGGUAGCCCUCAGCCUCUUCUACGGGCUGCUGGUUCUGCGUGUGCGCAGUAGUCACUUCACACGCUCCAAUAAGACUCUGAAAAUGGUUGUGGUGGUUGUGGUGGUCUUUUUUGUCUGCUGGGCUCCUUAUCACAUGAUUGGCCUGAUUCUGGCCAGUAAGAGUCAUACCAGUCCCCUCUUCCAUUCCCUGAACCAGCUGGACCCUCUGACUGUGGCUCUCGCCUACACCAACAGCUGCAUCAACCCCAUCAUCUAUGUCAUUGCAGGCCAAGACUUCAAGGCUAAAAUCCUGCGCUCGCUGAGUGCUGUGUUGCGCAAUGUCCUGAAUGAGGAACUGUCAACAGCCCCCUCCCAGAGAGCCACAGAGGAUCAGAGCAUAAACACAACCUUGUAAGCCCUUCCCAAGCAAGCCCUUUGUGUUUCUAGCUAUACGCCUGCUCCCCUCCGGCUGGAAACGUGUUUACAGCAGCUCUCUCUGGCCAUUCUGUACUAGUUUUGCUAUGAUGCAGUAAUUGUAGCUGACUCUCGGAUCACUGCUUCCCCCUUAUUCUGUGAUAAAAAGAAAUAGGUGGACAGAAAUGUACCUAAACUUUCAUGAAUUGUUUCAGUAUGUCUGUGUAUGUGUGUAC